AUGAAUCGGUUAGUGGUGACUGGCAAUGCUUUGGCUCGCGCGCUCUCCGCGCCUCUGCCAAACGGUUUGGAUCAGACGCCUGUGCUGCAAGAGCACGCGAGCAUAGAGAGCAACAACCUGUGCUCAUAUCCUCACUAUUUAAUACCAGACACCAAUGUGGUUUUACAUCAGAUUGAUAUCCUUGAGGACCCUCUGAUCAGGAACGUCAUCAUUCUUCAGACCGUUUUACAAGAGGUCAGACACAGGAGUGCCCCAGUCUACAAAAGAAUCAAGGAUGCUAUUCAUGAGAAGGAAAAGCACUUCUACACGCUCACUAAUGAGCAUCACAGGGAGACAUUCAUUGAACGAGAGCAAGGGGAAAGCGCUAAUGAUCGAGCAGAUGUUCUACUUCAAGGCCUUCAGAAUUUAAACCGGGCUGUUCAUCAGGACGUAGUGGGAUUUUCCAAAGAACGCUGGGUUGCUCCAUCAUCUGUUGUGCUGCAGGAUGAUAGUCCAAAUGAUGAAGAUGCUGAGGAAGAUGAGACUGAAAAUAAGCUGAAGGGUGUGCCAUCAGACUCUAGCGUUCUCAAGCCCACUGGACGAGUGGUGGGCAUUAUAAAGAGGAACUGGAGGCCUUACUGUGGAAUGCUCUCACAGUCAAUGAUCAAACAGGCAACAAGGCACCUUUUCACCCCAGCAGACUGACGAAUCCCACAGAUUCGUAUUGAGACCAGACAAGCAACCAAUCUGGUCGGACAAAGGAUUAUGGUUGCUAUCGAUGGCUGGCCUAAAAACUCCAGAUACCCAACCGGUCACUUUGCAAAAAACCUUGGCACUGCUGGAGAUAAAGAGACUGAGACAGAGGUGCUUCUCCUAGAGCAUGAUGUUCCUCACCGGCCCUUCUCUCAGGCUGUUCUUAGCUUCCUACCCAAGAUACCCUGGAGUUUUAUUACUGAGGAGGAUUUGAAGGUCAGAGCAGAUCUCAGACACCUCGGUGUGUGUAGUGUGGAUCCUCCUGGCUGUACGGAUAUUGAUGAUGCUCUUCAUUGUCGGGAACUAGAGAAUGGAAACUUGGAGGUUGGUGUUCACAUAGCAGAUGUCAGCCAUUUUAUUCGGCCAGGAAAUGCUCUAGAUCAAGAGGCAGCAAGCAGAGGCACUACAGUCUACCUUUGUGGAAAGAGAAUUGACAUGGUUCCUGCUUCCAACUUGUGUUCUCUGCGAUACAAUGUUGAGAGGUUAGCAUUCUCUUGUAUUUGGGAGAUGAACCACAAUGCUGAAAUCAUCAAAACUCACUUCACAAAGAGCCUCAUUAACUCCAAGGCCUGCCUUACAUACGCCGAAGCUCAGAUGAGGAUUGAUGACAGCACGAAGAGCCUGCGGGGCCUUAACAGACUGGCCAAGAUCUUAAAGGGUCGGAGGACUGAAAAAGGAGCACUGACCCUCUCCUCUCCUGAAGUACGUUUUCAUAUGGACAGUGAGACACAGGACCCUAUAGAUCUGCAGACCAAAGAACUGAAGGAGACAAAUUCUAUGGUGGAGGAGUUCAUGUUGUUGGCGAAUAUCUCUGUAGCACAGAAGAUCUAUGAUGAGUUCUCAGAAUGUGCCCUGCUGAGGAAACACCCCUCACCACCGCCAUCAAACUACGACAUCCUCAUUAAGGCUGCAAAAUCAAGGGACCUUAACAUCCACAUAGAUUCAGCCAAAGCUCUGGCUGAUUCCCUGAACAAUGCGACAGUUGAGAACUUUCCGUACUUCAACACCCUGCUGAGGAUUCUGGCCACCCGCUGCAUGAUGCAGGCCGUGUAUUUCUGCUCUGGCAUGGACAGUGAUUUCCACCACUAUGGCCUGGCAUCACCCAUUUACACACACUUCACAUCACCCAUCAGGAGAUAUGCUGAUAUCAUAGUUCACCGUCUGUUAGCAGUGGCUAUUAACGCAGGCAGUACAUACCCAGAAUUGAUGGACAAGCAUAAGCAGUCAUCCUUAUGCAACAACCUCAACUACAGACACAAAAUGGCCCAGUAUGCACAGAGAGCCUCAGUGGCGUUCCACACUCAACUAUUCUUAAAGAAUAAAGGAAUCAUAAAUGAGGAAGGCUUCAUUCUUUUUGUAAGUCCUCAUCUCAAAUUUGAUUCUGAGGGUCCUACACUCGAAGUGGAGGAACACACUUUCCGCAUGUUUGGCAAAGUUAAAGUAACGAUCAGCCUUGACGCUUCCACCAUCCAGCAACAAAGGAUCAGAAUGGCGCUCAUUGAACCAGUGAUCCCUGGGGUUAGUGUACCUGUUCCGGAGUCAGAACCAGAGGCCAAAAAACCUAAGCUUGACUGCUGACACCUGAGCACCAAGAACCAACUCCUAAAAGCAAACAUUACAUGAAAAGCCUUUCGGUUCAUCUACAAGGGAAACUUGAGAGAAUGCAUAAGUGGAAAAAAUUGACAUGAAAGGAGUGGGGUUUUUUUUAUAUCAAUGUACACCAGUACUGUUUUUGAUUUUGUCUACAUUUUAACUGGCUAAUGUACUGUUUUUUAUAGUCCGAGACAAACUGGAAUUAUUAUACAUUCCCUUUGAGCAAUAGUCAUCCUUCAAAUCUGAGAUUCAUUGAAAACACAACAUAUUAAAAGGACUUUUUUUUUAAAGAAAUUCUUGUUUUUCAGUUACGCGUUUUGUCAAGUGAAUACAACCAUUUGAAAUGGGCUGUCACUGAGAUUAUAUUCUGUUAUAUUCAGGGUUGCCACUCUUUCUGAUCAAUUAAUUUCCAUGACUUAUAACCAAAAUGCCA